CCCGCUGUGAAGUCGUGGCCCAGACCAGUGCCACCAACCCCAGGGGGGUCUCAGACAGCAGGGGAUGCAGCUGCUGGAGGCUCCUCUGGGCAGGUGGAUUUCCCUGAGGCUCCGCCGCUUCCGGACCUGGCCCCCACAGUCGUUCAGAGGCUCACUGAGGCGUUGGAGAGGCAAGGACUGGAGAGCGAGUGUCUCUACAGGAUGGCCUCUGGUGUCUCUGGACCCCUGGAGCUCCGACAGGCUCUGGACACAGACCCAUCAUCGGUGGACCUGGAGCAGUAUGAGGUCAGCGUGUUGGCCGACACCCUAAGAGCCUAUCUUCAGGACCUCCCUUCUCCAAUCAUCCCAGCGGGCAUCUACAGCGAGCUGGUCUACACAGCCCAAGAGACUCCGCACAUUGAAGAGUGUGGCGAACAACUGAAGAGAAUUUUGGAGUCCCCCAGUAUUCCGCAGCCCAACCACCAGCUCCUGCUGCAUCUCACUCGACACCUGUGCAGAGUGUCCCAGAGUGGGGCACAGAGCCAGGCAAGCCCCAGGCUGCUUGGCCAGGCCUUCAGUGAACUGUUCUUUAAACACUCCCUCUCCAGUGCGGAUGUGAACCCUGAGCACCAUGUCAAGAUCAUUGAGGCCUUGAUCGUCGCUGGAGGCCUGGUGGAGAUGCAGGCAGCACCAGCUCUCCCUCCCAAACCGGCCAAGCCCAUGACCCCCGUCAGCAGCAACGGCAUGAAGGAGGCGGCCACCAGCUCCCUGCAGGAGGCCGAGUGGUACUGGGGAGACAUCUCAAGGGAAGAGGUCAACGACAAGCUUCGGGACAUGCCAGACGGAACCUUCCUGGUCCGGGACGCCUCGACCAAGAUGCAGGGCGACUACACGCUAACCCUGAGGAAAGGAGGGAACAACAAGCUGAUAAAGAUCUACCAUCGGGACGGCAAGUACGGCUUCUCUGACCCCCUCACCUUCAGCUCGGUGGUGGAGCUCAUCAGCCAUUAUCGCCACGAGUCGCUGGCCCAGUACAACACCAAACUGGAUGUCAAGCUCAUGUACCCUAUCUCCCGCUACCAGCAGGAUCAGCUGGUGAAAGAAGACAACAUAGAUGCUGUCGGGAAGAAACUCCAAGAAUAUCAUAAUCAAUAUCAGGAGAAGAGCAAAGAGUAUGACCGACUAUACGAGGAGUACACAAAGACCUCGCAGGAAAUCCAAAUGAAGAGGACGGCAAUAGAGGCCUUUAACGAGACCAUCAAGAUCUUCGAGGAGCAGUGCCACACCCAGGAGCGCUACAGCAAGGAGUACAUCGAGCGCUUCCGCAGGGAGGGCAACGACAAGGAGAUUGAGAGGAUAAUGAUUAACUAUGAGAAGCUCAAGUCCCGCCUGGGAGAGAUCCACGACAGCAAGACCCGGCUGGAACAGGACCUCAAGACGCAGGCUCUGGACAACAGGGAGACGGACAAGAAGAUGAACAGCCUGAAGCCAGACCUCAUCCAGCUGCGCAAGAUCAGGGACCAGUACCUUGUCUGGCUCAAUCACAAAGGUGUGCGUCAGAAACGAAUUAACGACUGGCUUGGAAUCAAAAACGAAAACGCUGAUGAGGCCUACUUUGUGAAUGAGGAGGAUGAAAGCCUACCGCACUACGAUGAGAAGAGCUGGUUUGUGGGCGACCUGAACCGCACGCAGUCCGAGGACCUCCUGCUGGGCAAGCCGGACGGAGCGUUCCUCAUCCGCGAGAGCAGCAAGAAGGGCUGCUACGCCUGCUCUGUGGUGGUGGACAGCGAGGUGAAACACUGCGUCAUCUACAGCACCCCGCGCGGCUACGGAUUCGCCGAGCCCUACAACCUGUACAGCACUCUGAAAGACCUCGUCCUGCACUACCAGCACACCUCGCUGGUCCAGCAUAAUGACUCGCUCAACGUGCGGCUGGCCUACCCCGUGUAUGCACAGAUGCCCUCGCUCCGCAGAUGAGCCCCCCUCAUACUCACACACCGCAAUCGGGAGGGGGGUCAGACAAACAAACAAACGAAAAUAAAAACAAACACUUGCUGCAACACACACGUCAGCCACCUUGGAGUUAUAUAUAUUUUUACUAGAACAAUUCGAGGGCAUUCUUUCUAAAGACUGCUUGAUUUGCACAAGGAAGUUUAAACAUUUGUGAAUGUGAAACGGAAGAAACAGAAGAGCCGAGUUUCAGGUGACCCGCUGCUACCUAAACUCCAGCUGGGACUUUUUAACGCUACAUUUUAUCUUGGCUUUAUUUCCUUUCAUCAACGUUUUAUUUUAUUUUGUUAGUUUUCUUUGUUCACUUCUUUUCGUCAGCUGAAUGCAAGGAAAAAGCAGUAAUGUUUCAGGAUGGUUUAUUCCAUCCCCUCACCAUGUUAAAAGCAAAAACUAUGUAGCAUAGAGGCGACAGACACUUUCCCGGAUGUCUCUUAUCACAGUGAUGGCAGCCGUGCAGAGGGGGCGGAGUAGAAGAUGUUUGUAGUCUUAAAGAAAAGCUUGCUUUUAUACUAACAGUAGAGAGGAGAUUUGUUUCUUGGCUUCACUUGGCUGGACUCUCAAAGCUGGCUAAUUUUCCUGUUAAAAGCAGUCCAGUGCAGAGACCAAAGUUAGCAUGGGAGAAAAUCCACUGAAAUUAAACUGAAAGAAGAAGCAGAUGAAUUAAUGCCAGUGCUUUGUUUAGUACCACACAUAAAAUGGUGUUUGGGCUGGUGCUUAAACCCUAAAGCUCUUUAAAAAUGUAUUGUUAACCAAAUUGUACACGCAGAAAAUUUGAAGCACUUAUUUAAAAGACGUCUGCAGCUGCACAUUUUACACCAAAUUUUAGAACAUGGAAUUAAAGUAAAACUGAAACCCUUUUUAUGUGUGGCAUAAAGUAUAUAUGUAUAUGCUAAUGUUUGUUCGAAAAGGAAAAAAAAAAAAAAAACAAGCAACUUGGAUUUUUGUAUUCUUUAUAGAACCUAUGAAAUAAGCUUUGAAAUAUGUAACUGAAGCAGGAACAAUGGUUCAGAGUUGAGAAGAAACAUGCUUUAGAAGAUGAAACUUGAAGAAAGUGCAAUCCAACAUGUAUUAUUAGUAGGGUAGGAGUCUACCGGAGAGCUGCACUAACCCUGCCCAGUGGCACAGAUGAGAUAAUCAAGGGCACAGUGAACCUUUGAAGAAAGAUUUUUAUACUGCUCCUAUUUAUAUCGCUGCUUGACUUUAUAACCAGUUGAAGCAUUUUGUUGAAAGGUUUUAACAGUGGCUGCCUGUUUGUUUGAAGUCAAAACAAUAAAAGGAAUAUACAAAAAUUAUCACAGGCAAAAUGGCCGUGUACGAAGUGACUUGACUUCCUGAAACAAAACCUUGUUUUCCUAUUGGCUGUGGUGCUUGCACAUUGUCAUACCUGAGUGCGUAUGUGGCGAUCCUCCGAUCAGCAGUUUGUGAGGAGCCACCGGUCGUGGUCUUUUCCCCUGCCUGCUUGGUAAUCCACACUCCUACUUAAAGACCCCGUUGACAGGAGAGGUCUGUGGAACAAUGGGGCCAUUCAGCUGGUUUUAAUGGGCACAGAGCAGCAGCUUUUGGGAUGGGCUAGGCCCUGGUUUAUGGAGCCUCUUUUACAUAUUUGCAUAUCCACAUACCUGAGAUGGAUGUGCUUUGCUCUGCUCAAGAUCAUAAGCCACCUGUGCCAGUCUGUACUAUUGUCGCCAAAUUCAGAGUCGGAGAUCUGGAGGUAAAAACCUAUGACCUCCUGAGAAAAUAAAUACCAAACCGGUUAAUAAUGAAUAAUAAUUGAUUAGCCUUUUUUACAAGAUUGCAGGCAUCUGAUGUUUGUUGUAACUUCUAAAUUGCAGACUUUGUAUGAAUGUGCUCUCUGCUCAGUCUCUCCUGUGCGUCUCAUGGGCCUUUGUGCUGAAUUGAAAGGCCACUCCCCAGCCGGGAGACUGGUUACAAUGUCACUGAGCCCUUUUUCGGCUCCAGUGGGACCGGACCGGGGCGCCCCUGCCCGCAGGCUGGUAUGACUAUGUGGGGGGAAUGGUGUCAGCAGUCAAGUCAGUCAGUGCAGCAGUGUAAUUGGUGGUCAGUCUGUGGGGGAGGGGGGGGGCUUUGCUUUCAAUUUGUCAGCAACCGAGUAGACGUCUAACUGAUGGCAGUGCAUAUCUUACAUGUUCUUAAGCCUGCCUUCCUGGGCCCACACCCAUGGUGUAUUGCACUAAGAUAAGACAGAUGGAACUGUCUGAGCUGGGUGCUGGCCCGAGAUAGAAGCCACAUGCGAAGGCUGGUGAGUCAGAUGGUGGGUCUGUACAGCGGGUGUAUUUUAAGACCCCUGAGAUGGAUAGGAUUGCAGUUCCUCACUCUCCGCCAGUUCCUGCCCUGCUUUCAGGUAAAUGGUUGUACACGAUAUAAAGUGAAGCGAAAGGGUAGUUGAGUUGAAUGUACAGCAGGAUGCCGUUCUGUGUGCUGGCCCAGCCUCAGGCCUCGACACACACGCCUAGUCAGAAGAGAUGGGUCGAGCAGUUGAAGACCUGUGAGACGGUCAUGUUCUCCCCCACUGCAAAGGAGACUAUGGUUUGUUUUUGAAAAACGUCUGGUUUAUUUGGUUUAUUUAACAAGCAGACGGCCGUGUUGCUUCAGAAAAGGGUGGCGUUUCUGCUUUCUGAAGCCCGUCCACUUUAAAACACAGAUACAGUCAUGGAUGUAAGCUAGGCUACGUGACCAGGUGCUGGCCAUCGUGCUCAGUCAACUUGGCUCAACAGGUGUUUCUCUGCGGCUUUCUGUAAUGCCGAAGCUUAAAUAUCUAUACAUUUCAUUUUUUAAAGUUUUCUUUUUAAAUCCCCCAACAUUAUGUGAGGGUUUUAUUUUUUGUUUUUGUUUUUUUGUUUUUUGCAUUUUUUGUAACCGGGACCUAAGGUGUCCUGUCUCUAUUACUUGAACUAUUGCAUUGCUCACUGUUGAAUGUCUUCAUAUUAUAUAAACAUAUUUUACAGAAGAAAUCCCUUUUGUGUUAUGGUCAAAAAGACUGGACUGAUAUGUUGGGUUUUUGAACAUAAAAUUGCAGUGUAUGUGCUCGAAUUUAAUGGAACUCAUGCAUUGUUUAAUCCCAAGGACUUUUUCGUUUUAUUUGUAAAUCCUUGGAAAUAAGGUGGGAUUCCAUUAUUAAUGAGAGGCUGUCUGAAAUUGCACACAUCACACUAAGAAAAAGUUGGUACGGCAAUGACUUCAGUAAGGAUCACAGCUGACAUGUUUACUGGAAAGUUAGGCUUUUAAUAAGUUACUAUGAUGGUAAUUUGAAGGGGUUACACUGACAUUUUGUUUUAUAUUGAAUUUUCUUUUAUUUCUUACCUGGCAUUGAGACCAAAGAUAUAAGUUAAAUUCAUUUGAUGCUAGAUAUUCAUAGCUAGUUUGAAGGGGACAUUGGAGGCGUUCUGUUACUGUUUAUUAUUGCCUUUGAUAUUUCACUAGUCUGAAGUUAUCAUUAUUUGCAGUUGUUUGAGCAGAUUGAAGGAAGGCCAAUGUGCACCCCUAUAAUUUAAUUUCCUAUCUUUUAAUUUGAUUUUAUUUAGUUCCAUUUGGAUUUAUUGGGGCUUAAUUUUAUAAUUUGAAGCUGUCCAGAGUCUUGAUGCUGUAUCAGAGUGCUUUGGAAUGCUUCUUAUGUACAGUAGAUUACCCCUCAUUUGAGAAAACAAUGGGAGAGCAAGUAAAACGGGCAUCAUAGUACAAACAUUUUGGACCGCGCUUCUGGCGUCUCUCUCUGGUUCAGAUCAGUUUGGCUUCGCUUUGCCGAGAUUUCCUGGUUGAGCUGAUUUUUCAGGAUUACUAGUUAUGGGCUACAUUUACAAUGGGGUUUGAAGGCCCAAAGUAUGGUUCGAUUUGUCAGGAUAAAACGCUUUCAUAAGCCCCUCCAUCUUCUUUUUUCAGAAUUUAGUCUAUUUGCACACUUGCCUAGCUGGAGACAGUUGCUUUUUCUGUGAUAGAAAUGCAUACGAUACAUGUUCCCCAAGUCAUUGGUGGUUUGUCUUUUAAAGAAACGUGAUUGUCCUUCUCUGCGGGGCAGAAAGCAGUCCGAAACAUACCAGUUUGAGAGGUUCUUGGUUUCUUCACUCCAGAAAGCAUGCAAUAUUUUUUUUUCUUUAAUACUUCAGGGACAAAAGAGCAUUGCUUGGGGCUUUUAAGACCUGCAGUGGAGAAAAUGUGUGCUUUUUUAAAACCAUUUGGAGAAGGGGCGUUAAUUGAAUGGCAUUUUAUAGGGUAGGGUGGGGGAUAAACCAAAAUAGGCAUUUCCAUAGUCCUGUUUUAGUGACAGGUGGUAGAUGGAUAGUACAAGGCCAGAUUUGGUUUACAUGUGGGCUGUUGUUUGCAGUUGUCCCCUGCACAGUUCUGCAAAGUUUUAUUUGCAGUUGGGUUUAAUAUUUGUGAUUCUCACCAGGAGUCUCUUUGUGUUCCUAACACUGCUGUCUCAUCACAGUAGCCAGCACAGAUUCAUGGAGUACAGCAUCUUUAACAAGAAAGCAGAUCUAAACUCACUUUCUCUCCCCCCCCCUCCCCCCUUUCGACAUACAAACAGAAACCCAGCAUGCAUCUUUGGUACUCUUGACUGUUGUUUUUGUGUAUAAAAAAAAGAAAAGAAAAAAAAGUUAAACAACUGUUCUUUGUCUGUUAAUGGUGUAUUCAAAUCUGAAUUUAAUAUAGCUAACAAAACAAGUCACCGCUUAUUGCUGAAACAAGUUAGUCCUGUUCAACUGCAGUGGUUAAAAAUACAAUUAAAAAUUAAAUACUGAGAAAGAGGAAUAACGAGUACAAUACAAAAAUGGUGUUACUUGCUGGACUCCCAGGAUUCAAGGAUUUUACCUCUUAACUAAAUGAACGUUUCUCAACGUCUCUUCUCUGAAUUUUAACUCAUUUUGAACAUUUGUGUGGCUUAUUUUGUGAUAUGCUAAAGCUAUAUAACCUAUAUAGCAAUCCUAAAGUGAAAUGAAUGAACCCACAGGUGUUUAUAUCACAAACGUUUUCUUUUUAUACCAGCAUUUCUGAUUGUACGGGCACAAUUCAAUUAUUUUUAAAUGGACAAUUUUAAAGCUCAAUACUAGCAAUAACAACAUGUCGACUGUCUCCAUAAUUCAAGUUUCAAGACUAAACUUGAACAAGAACUGCAAAAUCCUAUACAAAUGUGCUUCCAUCAACUUUCAAAAACUUUGUCCAUAGAUCUUUUAUGUUCAAUUCCUUGACCAGCCACCAUUUUUGUUGCAUCUUGUUGCAUGUUGACAAUACCAGUUAUUCCUCUUGUACAUACUAAGCUAAUGUACUGUUGGAUAGCCGUUCACCCAGGUUUCCAGUGGGAAGACCUCUUUCUCAGUAUUAAGACUGUACUUGCUUCAGGCUUAUAGGUAUCCUUCAGUUACCUUUUUCAUCACAGUAAGAUUUCUUUCUUGUAUCUGUUGGAUAGUUUGUAUUGGUUGUAGUAUCUCCAUUUGUUAUGGGAUGAAGUCAUGUAUAUUAUCAACGGAACUCCACAAUACUCAUUUCUCUUGCAGAAUAAAGAAAAUAUUUUGUUCAAA